GGUUGUUUGCUGUGACAGGCCUCUUCUGUUGAAAGCGACUUAAUUCAGUUGAUUUAUCCUUUUUGUGCUGCCAUCCCAAACGUCGUGUCACAUACCCAAUACAACAUCAAGAUGACCCUCAAACUCAUCGAGGUAGACACGGCCACCGAUUUUGAAGAGCUCAUCGCAUGUCAAUGGGCAUCUUAUGAAAAUCCUCUCCAACCAUUCUUUCGCAUGUUUUGUCCCCUCACCGGCACAGGUCCAGCAGCACAUGCAGAAUCUCUCAAAGAGUCAGUAGCGCUUCAACUCAAAUGGCACAAUGAAGACCCAACAAGCUACUGGGCAAAAGUAGUAAACGACGAUGGCAAAAUCGUGGGCGGUUGUUUAUGGAAGAUUUAUCCCGAGAAUCCUUUCGAUAAAGAUGAGGAUCAUUCCUACGCUUAUUGGCAGCCCGAAGGGGAGAGACGAGAGUUUAUCACACAAGCUCUGAAACAAUUCGAUGCACCUAGAGCGAGGAUGGGGGCUAGACCUCAAGUCUAUGUCAAUAUCGUCUUUACACAUCCAGACCAUCGUCGUCAAGGCGCGGCGAAUGUUAUUAUGAACUGGAGCAAACAGAAGGCUGAUGAGAUGGGUGUUGAGCUGUGGCUUGAUGCGACAGAGCAGGGUGUACCGGUGUAUGAGAAGCAUGGCUUCACUGUUGUCAACGUCAACACCAUACAGCCUAAGAAAGAGAAUCCUGGUGAAGAGUGGAAUAAAGUCAAAGAGGAACUAGGUCCUAUGACGUUUAGACAGAUGUGGAGACCUGCUGGUGGUGAUUAUCAAGAAGGCAAGACUGUGAAGCCUUGGGAGAGUGUCGAGAUCAAGUAUGAGCCUGAGGUGGCGUAUGUGGAAUCUCAUGCAGCUUAAGCUCGAUGGGGGCAUGGUUUUGGCAGAUGGCAUAUUCGAUAGAGUUUAGAUUAGCGUCCGUUUCAUAUAGAUGAUCGAUGUGAUGGGAGUGUCGUACAUGUCAGACAUGCAUCGAAUAAGAAAAUAUUAUGC